AUGCUUUUAUCGUUAUCAUCGUUAUUCUUAUCACUUAUUGUCUAUCAUUAUUGUUAUGACGAUAAAACUCCUUUGCUUCAAUGCUCUGCGCGUAAAGAAUACGAAAGCGAUUGCCUCGACAACAGAUUAAAUUACGAAACUUUAACGACACAUUCUUAUAGAGCAAUGUCAUACGGAACAUGGUCAUCACCGAUAAGUUCGGCAUUGAUUGUUGAAAAUACGAUUACACCGUCGGAGAUUCGCCUGGAUGAAAAUGGCAAUGCCUACUGGCUUGAACUUCGCCCGUCAGAAAAUGGUCGAUAUGUUAUUUGCUCGAACAAACAACCGCUACAGAAAGAUAUUCUCGAACAACCGUUCAACGCACGUACGCGCGUUCAUGAAUAUGGCGGUGGAUCUUAUUUGGUCACGAACGAUGUGAUUUAUUUUUCGAAUUUCGCUGAUCAACGCCUUUAUCAAAUCAACACGAAAGAAAAUAACGUAUCGGUACCGAUAACGGAAGAAUCUGAAAAUGCGUCGUUACGCUACGCAGAUUAUACCAUGGAUUCGUUUCGAAAACGUUUAGUCUGUGUUCAUGAAGUUCAUCAAGGUGAACAUGAUGUUCAGAAUUCGAUUGUCGGUGUGUCAUUGAACGAUUCAUCCAUCGUCACGUUAGCUUCGGGUUACGAUUUUUAUUCUUCACCACGUGUUAGUCCCGAUGGACGAUAUCUAAUCUGGAUUUGUUGGAAUCACCCCAAUAUGCCAUGGGACCAAACUGAAUUAUGGAUUGGAGAAUUUAGUAAUGAAGACAAUUCAUCAUUGAUCAACAAAAAGAAACUAUUUGGCCAAACAGACGAAUCUAUUUUGCAACCAGAAUGGUCGCCAGAUGGAAAAUUUAUCUAUUUUGUUAGCGAUAAGAAUAAUUGGUGGAAUAUUUAUCGAACAAGUGUCGAUGGGCAAAACGUUGAACAUGUUUACGAUGACCAAGCGGAAUUCGGCGGACCCUCGUGGUUAUUCGCUGGAACUUAUUAUGGGUUCGAUUCCAACAGUAAUUUGGUGAGCGUGUAUUGGAAGAAUGGCAUUGCUAAACUAUGUCGAAUUGACGUUCAAACUAAGAAGUCAACACCUUUAACAGCAACUGAAGAAUACACCGAUAUACGUUCAGUUCGAGUCAAUAAACAAACGGUUUAUUUCGUUGGUUCGUCCGCAGUAAAACCAGCUGAAGUGGUUGAAUACAAUUUUGAGACAAAUACAAAAAAUGUUUUAUUUCGUUCAACGAAUAUCACGAUCGAUCCACGUUAUUUAUCUGUGCCAGAAAUGAUUACUUUUAAAACAGGCAAUGACAUUGCCUAUGGUAUUUAUUAUCCACCCAAAAACGACGAUUAUUCAUUGCCGUCAGGUUCAACUGAGCUUCCACCGUUACUUGUUCGCACCCAUGGCGGUCCGACAGCAGCCACAACAAGCGCGUUCAAUCUUCGAAUACAAUAUUGGACAUCCCGUGGCUUUGCCUUACUCGAUGUUAAUUACCGAGGUUCCACUGGUUACGGACGGAAGUUUCGUGACAGUUUAAAAGAUCAUUGGGGAAUCUAUGAUGUUCAAGACGCCAUUGCUGGUGCGGAAUAUCUCGUUCAACAAAAUAAAGCUGACAGAAAUCGCUUAACUAUCGACGGUGGUUCAGCUGGUGGAUAUACUACAUUAUGUGCAUUGACAAUGUACGAUUUCUUCUCUGCUGGCGCAUCCCAUUACGGUGUUAGUGAUUUAGAAUUACUCGCCAAAGAUACGCACAAAUUCGAAUCGCGUUAUCUCGAUCGAUUAGUCGGCGAUUAUCCGGCGCAACGAGAUAUUUACAUUGAACGUUCGCCGAUGACUCAUGUGAAGAAGGUCUCAAAACCAAUCAUAUUCUUUCAAGGUUCUGAGGACAAGAUUGUUCUGCCAAGUCAAGCGGAGAUUAUGGUGAAUGCUUUACGUGAAAAACAUCUUCCGGUUGCUUAUGUUCUUUUUGACGGUGAACAACAUGGCUUUCGAAAAGCUGAAAAUAUUCGACGUAGUCUAGACGGACAGUUUUACUUUUUCUCGCGAAUAUUCCAUUUUCAAAUGGCUGACCGUGUCGAGCCAAUCAAAAUUGAAAAUCUUUCCGAUGAUUAA